CGCGCGACACCUUACCCAUCUCCGGACGGCGAACAUCUUCAAAUCCUCAACGGCCGAAACCCAUUUCUCAAAAUCCAAAAGUUUCACACUUUCGAUUUUGAUUUGGUGGUGGAACGAUGGACGAUUACACUAGAGAGAUGAUGGAUCUCAAGACCUUAGUCACUCGAACCCUCGAGAAGAAGGGUGUUCUCGCUAAGAUCCGGGCUGAGCUACGAGCGAGUGUGUUUGAGGCAAUUGAAGAAGAGGAUCGAGUGAUUGAGAACAACGAAGGGCUGCCUCCAGCUUUGUUGGGAAGCUGUAAUGAUCGUGCAAGGCAGCUUCAUGCUCUUCCCUCAGGUAGGUUAUUAUGUGCGUUAGUUUGUGAGUACUUGGAGUGGGCGCAACUCGAUCACACGCUCAAAGUGUAUCAACCCGAAUGUAAUUUGCAAAAGGACUCGUGGAAGUCUGAAUUAAACGACUUUAGCAGCAACCAUGGUUAUGAGCUCAACAGAAAUGGAGAUAGCGCACCGCUUCUUCUUGAUGUUCUUGAAGGAUUCUUGAAGUUCGAGAGCAUGACACAGACCAUGGGUGGUAACUCAAGGAGAGAGUCAGAAAGUGAGUCUUCAUCAAGCCUUGACUCUAGGAAUCCUCCUCGCAGAUCAUCUGCUUCUGACAACUUACCUCCUCUACGAAGGACGGGUUCUGGAUCCCAAGGAUCAGAUAGAAGAGGUGGGACUAAUUACAGAAAAGAUGAAAUCAAUUGGAGACACGGUAAUCAAGAUGCGCAUGAAGAGGUGAUGAGAGCUUCAGCGGCGCUUGAAAAUCUUCAGCUUGAUAGGAAAACUCGGAACAUGACAUCCUCUUGGAGGAAUGUUAGGGAUGGAGCAAAUGAAGAUGAAGGGAGGGAUUGAUUUAUCAUUGAUAAUAAAAUGAUAAUAAAAUGCAGCUUCUGAAAGUGAGUGUUGGUUUGUGUACGUGAUAUGUAUGUAUGUUCUUUAUUUGCAAAACAGUGUGUUUCGUGGGAACCCCUGUCUCUUUAAGGUUAUUCAUGACAUCAUACUAAACGGUUAAUGUUUUUUUCUUGAGCUGGUUUGGUAAGAGAGGAAACUCACAAAGAAUGAGUUGCAUA